AUGACCCGACUCGUGAAACGCGAGCCCGGCACCGGAACGGGCAAUGUAGCCGCCGCCGCCGACUUGAGCGACUGUAGAAUUCUCCGUUCUCGGUACCAUGCCGUCCAGAAUCUCAUCCAAGAUAGGGUUUUUCCUUAUUACUUGGUGCGCAAGCAAUCUCACGUUUCGGUGCUUUUUCUGUUCUUGUUACGCACUUCUACAGUGAUCAGACCGAGGGAGCAAUUAGCUGACGCAGAGGCUCUGUUGGGGAUUACAAGCUCAUUGGUGAAAGGCGCCAAGCUCAAUUCCAAUGCCGUUACGCCUUCCAAAUUCAUCAAUUUCAUACUCAGAGACUUCGCCAGAGUCCAACAAUACAGCCAUAGUCACAGAACGAGGGCGUCUGUUAACUGGCAAAAGAUUGGAAUUUCAGUUUCUUAUAUAUUCAAGCCCUUCCGAGGAUGCUCUACAAUGCUUGGCACAAACAGUGCGGUGAAGCAGAGGAAGCCUGCAGUCAGGAGAGGCCGACGACCGAGCAAACAAUUUGCCUUGCCUAAACAGGUUGAUCCUCACGUCGAGGAAGAAGAGAAGACAGGCACGACUGAUGGAACGAUGCUGACCAUGUUCAGCAUCUUGAGGAAGGAGAGGAAGGUGGAGCUUGAACACCUGGUAUUGAACAGGAGCUCAUUCUCACAGACGGUGGAGAAUUUGUUUGCGUUGUCGUUCCUUGUAAAAGACGGAAGGGUGGAGAUUCAAGUUGAUGAUGAAUCCGGUCGCCAUCUAGUCUCUCCGAGGAAUGCGCCAUCAGCCACUAUGAUUGCCUCCGGCGACGUUUCUUACCGGCAUUUUGUCUUCAAAUUUGACUACAGUGAUUGGCAGUUGAUGUGCUCCUCAGUCGGGGUUGGAAAGGAGCUGAUGCCACAUAGGACUCAAGAAUCCAGCCCAUCUGACUAG